UGCGUAACGCUGCUCGCUUACGUUUAUAUAAUGCCAGACCCGGGAAAGUGAGACACCAUUGAAUCGUCGACCGUCAAAGAGGCACGCGUUUCUCUCUGUCGAACGACAUGAAACUCCGCAUAUCCGUUCUUCUCGUCGCCCUCGUGGCCAUUCUUCUGCAUUCUGCCGAAUACACGAGAGCAAACAGCAUAUGUCCUCGAGAGAAUUGCCUCGAUUCGACAAAGUGCGAGCUUUUUGUGAUGGGUGCUACGUGUCCACGAUCGAGUGACACGUGUUGCAGCGUUGUGAAAUCGGAAUACAGAACUCACUGCAACCACUUCGCGGGCGAGUGCAUGGACUUCUGUAACAAGGCUCUGCAACACGCGGUCGUCGAUUGUCCAUCGGACAAAGUGUGUUGCACGUUGGUUUAAUCCGUGAAGAGAGGAACAAAAAAAAACAGGCAACAACGAGAAGCCUUCCUGCCUGCCUGCCUGUCCACCAUCUGAACAAUAGCGUUAAUGUAACAUCGAUUAGUCUCGACAUCGACUCGAUCUGUGAAUGUAUGAAUCCCGUAUCAUCUGUUCGUAACACACGUAACAGAAAAGCGAGUUAAUUGAUUUUACAAUCGCAAUGAUUGUGCGUACAUGUGUGGACACGAAAAAUGGCGUGCGCCGCUUGAUAAUUGUGAAUACGUUGCGACACAAACGCGUGGGACGUGAAAUUAGUGCAAAUGUGAAAACGUGAAAACUUCCGCGAAAUAUGCACUUGCUCCGUUCGUUUCUCUCGUUUCAGUGGAUGAGAAAAUGUGAAACGUAAUAGUAAAACGUGUUUGUUAUAAUAAAGCAUGUGUUUGAGAGGUAGUCUGAAGAAAUUUAAAUGAAACGAUAAUAUGUCGAUAAAUCAUUUUUCAAUGAUAGACGAAAGAUCGAGAUUUUUUCACGAUGAUUUUAUAUGUCGGGAAUAUAUGUUAUUAAACAAUGUUUCUUUAAUGUAUAUUAUUCUUACGCUUGUAGUCGAUGAACGAUAUAUCUUUAAUUGCAAUUCUUUUUUUAUCAAAUUUGCGAAAUACGACACGAAGCAAGAGUUGGACGUUAUAUUCAAAUAAUUUUGAAACGAUCAAUUGUCCACGAACACGGAAUAAACGAUCGUAUGUAAUACAA